CGUUAAAUCGAUUGUUAGAUUCCAGUACCCUUUGGAAAUAAUCGUGGAAGACGAUGCAGCAAGAUGUUUGAUCCUCGUUCAAAGUCUUGACCCUGUUUUUCAGCGGCCGCGGUACACACGCGUUUGGAAACGAUCAGGGCGCGUGCGUAUGCGGGUUACACGGUUUGCGUUAGUGUGUACUUAUCAGCGUAGAACGACGUGUGUGCAUGCACAUAGAGGGAAACGUGGGUGUAUGAGUGUAUACCUUCAACGGUUUACCACAUGUUGCGCCUUGGUGCGCGGAGCGCAAGUCAGCCAGGAGCCCGGGCCAUCAGGAUAGACAGAAUCUCUCCCCUCGGCUCGGUCAGUUACGCGAGUACCAGCAAACGUUCCGCGUGUCUUCCGUUUUCUUCGCCGAUGUCGCGAUAAAGCCUCGCUAUCUAUCGUAACGGGACGAAUUAAUCGUUUUUUAACGUGUUCAGUGCGAAAUUGUGAAGCACCCGAGCCGAAGAAUAGGGAAAUACGGUGCAGUGCUGCCGAGACGAUGCGUACGAUGCUCUGCCAGUGAGCUGGAACUUUUUUCUCGAUAAGAUUUUAGCGCCUGACAGCGCGGCGGGGUGGCCCCAAUGCCGGUCAGGAAGGGCCUCCUCGCCCCACAAAAUACAUUCUUAGAUACUAUCGCCACACGUUUCGAUGGAACCCACAGCAACUUUGUGCUGGGAAAUGCGCAGGUUCCGACGAUCUACCCGAUCGUUUAUUGCUCGGAUGGUUUCUGCGAGCUGACAGGAUUCGCGCGAGCGCAAAUCAUGCAGAAAGGUUGCGCUUGCAAGUUCCUGUACGGCCCGGAAACGAAAGAGGAGGAAAGGGCAAUGAUCGACAAGAGCCUCGAGAGCAAGACGGAACUGAAAAUGGAAGUUGUGUUUUAUAAGAAGAACGGAAGUCCAUUCGAUUGUUUGCUCGAUAUUGUUCCGAUCAAGAACGAAAAAGGCGACGUCGUUCUGUUCUUGGCUUCCCACAAGGACAUCACCCACACGAAGAAUCUUCAGCUGUGUGAGUUGCCCGAUAGUGACGCAAACGGCGGGCUCGAUCCGGAGGCACCGCCGGCUAAUUACGGCAGGAGAAGAAGUCGCGCCGUCCUUUAUCAAUUAUCAGGCCAUUACAAACAGGACAAUAAGCACAAAAUUAAAUUGAGCAAUAAUCUUCUGCAUACCACUGCGCCACCUUUACCAGAGUAUAAAACAACGGGAAUAAAAAAAUCUCAAUUUAUUCUGAGUCACUACGGUGGUUUCAAAUCUUGCUGGGAUUGGUUGAUACUCCUCGCAACCUUUUACGUGGCGAUCGUCGUUCCUUUUAACGCGAGCUUCAUUAACAUCGACAGGCCUACCAUGGUCAGCGACGUUGUCGUCGAGGUCCUUUUUAUAAUCGAUAUCGUUCUGAAUUUUCGAACAACGUACGUAAGCAGGAAAGGAGAAGUCGUCAGCAACAGCAAAAGCAUUGCCGUAAAUUACGUGAAGGGCUGGUUUUUCGUCGAUUUGGUCGCCGCUUUACCCUUUGAUUUUCUUUACGCCUCCGACGUUUAUAGCGGCGAGGAAUCGGGACACGGUAAUAUUCAUUUAGUAAAAUUAACGCGAUUACUGAGGCUAGCGCGAUUGCUGCAGAAGAUGGACAGAUAUUCGCAGUACAGCGCCGUGAUUUUGACUAUGCUGAUGCUAUUUUUUAUCCUGGUGGCACAUUGGUUGGCUUGCAUUUGGUUCGUUAUCGCGGAAAAGGAGAGAUUAAGAAACGAUAACGAAUGGGAUCUCGGUUGGAUUCACACGUUGGCUGAGAGAUUAAAAAUUUCCGUGAAUAACGUAACGCACGCGGAAAGCUACAUCACGGCACUGUAUUUCACUUGCAGCAGUUUGACGUCGGUAGGAUUUGGAAACGUUUCGGCCAACACGUUUUCCGAGAAAUUCUUCUCGAUUUGCACGAUGCUGAUCGGCGCUCUGAUGCAUGCCGUGGUGUUCGGUAACGUGACGGCGAUUAUUCAAAGAAUUUACUCUAGAAGAUCGCUGUAUCAAACAAAAUUACGGGAUCUCAAGGAUUUUUUCGUGCUGCAUCAGAUCCCGGAGGAACUGAAACAACGUAUGCAAGACUAUUUCCAAACUAUGUGGUCCCUCAAUCACGGUAUCGAUAUACACGAGACCCUGAAACAAUUUCCCGAGGAACUCAGGGGAGACGUUUCGAUGCACCUACAUCGCGAGAUAUUGAAUUUACCGAUAUUCGAAGCUGCUUCUCAGGGUUGUCUCAAACUACUUUCCCUCCGAAUUCGAAAUAAUUUUUGUGCCCCUGGCGAGUUUUUGGUUCACAAGGGAGACGCGCUAUCGUACAUCUACUAUCUGUGCAACGGGUCUAUGGAGGUCGUGCAAAACAACAUGGUCGUAGCGAUCUUAGGAAAAGGUGAUCUUGUGGGCUGUGACAUAAACGUUCACCUGCAGCACAGCAGUAACGGGGGUGGAACCGGUGGUUCGGGAUCCGAUGUCGUGGUCAAAUCGAGUUGCGACGUGAAAGCGUUAACCUACUGCGAUUUAAAGUGCAUAAACAUGCACGGUCUAGUGGAAGUGCUUCGAUUGUAUCCCGAGUAUCAGCAUGAAUUCGCCAACGAUAUACAACACGAUCUUACUUACAACUUGCGGGAGGGAUACGAGGCCGAGCAAGAGUCAGAUAUGAACGGACCAUCGUUAACGCUACCGUCGAUCAGCGAAGACGACGAAAACGUGCCUGACGAGGGGGAGACCUCGCCUUUAUCGCCACCGAACAAGUCGCCUUUGCACGCGUCAUCUAGUCCGAGACACGCUAAAUUCAGGGACGAUUAUCGAGAAACGAGAAGACACGGAAGGGGAGUUCUGGUGAGGGGAAGAGCGGCUCAAGUGAUCGCUCAAGAAUCGGUGGAGGAUCAUAUUCGCGGAUCGGUAGAAAGACUCGAUACGCAAUUUUCUACGUUACAUCAAGACGUCGCUACGCUUAGCUGCGAGGUCAGAAACGCCAUCCAAGCACUGCAAAUACUAGCCUGUUCGCCACAAAGUAAUCCGAAUUUACCAACCCCCGCGAGCCGAGGGAGCGGCGUUUUGGCGAGAAGUUCGUCGCAUCCGCCGGAUGCUUUAUGCUGGGAUCCUCCAGCGAGAGUGUCCGACGCGUCCACGCAAACGGAUUGGCCUGUCGAUUUGUUCGAGUCCUGGGUCCGAGCAAAUCCUCAAAGAGUCCUGAGGAUCCUCGAACUCGAACCAGACACCCUGUCGAGGCAACCCCCGUCUCCGUCUUCUCCUCCUCCGCCGCCGUACGAACCCCUGUCACCCGUGGUGGGAACUCCACCCCGAUCGCCGUCGCCAACCCCGUCUCAAGGUAACGAUAAUUUCGUGUACGGCGAUAAUCACGGAGAACGACACAUUCCUCGUUUGUACAAACCGACGAAUUCUAGCUGUGAUCCGGAUAACAAAUUGUCGCAUCGAUUUAGCGCCGGUGACGCCGAUAAUGCGGCUUUGUAUCAAGGGUUCAGCGCUAUGCGUCGACUUCCAGAAUCACGCUCCUUGAAAUUUGAUCCCUUUGAUAGCUGAACAUUUCCAAUAAACAUAUCAGGGUUAUCAGCCUUAGAGCACACCCAAGAAAUAGAGAAUUCGUAGGUGCACGAUAAUCGAAACAAAGCGAAACGCGGAUGUGAUGGCUUAAAAUGGAGAACAACCAAAUACGAGACCCGUCGUUUCGGGUUUUCGGUUUCAUUCGUCGAUUCUUGCGUUGAUCGCGUUUGUGGCGUCUGUUCAUUUUUUAUACAUGGUACUUGCCGCCACUUGAAUUCUAUUGUUAGUUACGAACCGGUACCUAUUGGUUUUGUAUUCACAGCGUUGUUGAAUUUUCUAUCGGUGACUCGAUUACGACUGAUCGAUCGACUAAUUUUUCGUCCGAAACGCACUUUCCAAUUGAACCUUCCGAAUAUCGGCGACUAAAGUUUCUCCGACCAUCGCAAAAUUUGUCCAAAAUUCUCAACAGCUCAUCUUCCGCGAGCAUCUUGUCGAAUCAGCAGAGAAACGUUUAAGAUAACCCGACGGUAACUUCACUCGAAUUACAAAAGACUUUACAGAUAUCACGGAAGGAAAUUUUAAACUUUAGCGUAGCAAUAACGUGCACAAGAAGUUUCGAUGUAUCCUAUAACGUCCAAGUUAGAUAGUAGUUACGGUAAAGUAGCCAUCGUUCGAGCAUUUACUAUAAACACAUGGUUGAUUUCAACAAAUCAUCCGAUCGAUUCGAAAUGAAUGUAUCAUAGAAAAAUUGUAUCGCGCGGGUGUGUAUCCAAUUGUAAGUAUCACUUGAAUGGAUUCAAUGUAAAUAGCGUAUCGCUAUCGAAAAUAUGUGAUAAGGCACGGCUUUGGCCAUGCACGAUAAUUAUAUUCGUUCAUCUUUCAUCGUCAUUUGUGAAACGCUUGUGUCGGUAACGGAAGUUGCCCGUGUAAUCGUGAAAUCUAGUACCUAUAGAUUAAUAGCCCUGUACGUGUAUCUAUACGUUUCGUAUAGAGAAAAGAUUGGUGCAAUUUACGCAAUACGAAUGUCUCGAGAAAACAAUCAUUACAUUGGACGAAUAAUAUUACUAUUGAAAGACCAACAAUCGCACUCGUGUCUAGUACAUAGUGGAAACCUUACGAUAGACGAAACAUUUACAUGUAUUAAUAACGUCGUCAUUUCACAAAUGUCAAUGAAAGCAGCUGUUUUAUAAAUAUUUCAUAUAUUUUGUUAUACUAUUUCUAUGCUCCUCACCUUAUAAUUCAAGCUAAACGUAUUGUAAUAUUAUCUACUCAACCUAUCUCACGUAUUCUACUACUUUUUACACUCUUCGAGUAACUUACGAAAGAGAAAUGUUCGUCAUUUCAACGUGUAUAGAAAUGUCAGCAUGCACAAAGAAAAUGGAACGCGUAUGGUCUUAAAGUUGACGAAUUUCCGAAAAUGUUCAAAGAUG